AUGGCGUUUGCUAAAAUGCUAUUUCUUUUCAGCAAAUUUCAGCAGGGUGUUGGUGUUCUAGCAAAGAGUACCACUUUUGCUAAGAGUCCGACGCAGCUGCAAUUCGAAGCCGACAUUAACAAACUUUUCAUGUUCACAAGUUAUAAUCGGUUGGGACGAGAUGCUGAGGAGGCUGAUGCAGAAGAGAUCAUUGAGAUGGCUGCUAAAGCCACAUUACCUGAGCAACAGAAGCAAGUACAAGAGAACAUCCACUCCCAACUCCAAAACUUUUCUUCUUUCAUGGACGAGAUUCUUCUUCCUCAUAUCGACACAACAGAGAAGAAGCUAAGCGAGCCAGGAUCAGAAUCUAGUCAAGUUGUUCCUGAGACUAAGCCGCUUAAACUCGCUGAAGUCUCGCAUCGGUUAAAGGAUCGAAUUGGGUACACUCUGGAGAUCAAACCAUCCUCAAUACCUCACAAAGAUGCUGGUCAAGGUUGUUUCAUAGAAGGUGAAGCAGAUGUUGGAGCUGUCUUAGCCUUUUACCCUGGUGUGAUUUAUUCUCCUGCUUCCCACAGAUACAUCCCCGGGUAUCCAAAUGUCGAUGCACAGAACUCACAUCUCAUCAGUAGGUAUGAUGGGACGGUGAUAAACGCUCAGCCUUGGGGUCAUGGAGGAGAAUCAAGAAAAGUAUGGAACGGCUCUUUCACAACACCUGAGAGCAGGACGCUUGAAGGUUUUGGUAACGUUGAAGACGUUCUUGAAAUGAGAAAUCCGUUGGCAUUUGGUCAUUUCAUCAAUCACCCGGGUAAAGACAUGGAGCCUAAUGUCAUGGUUUGUCCGUAUGACUUUCCUUUGUCAGAGGAAGCGAUGCGAGUUUACAUUCCUAAUGUAGCUUUCAAGGACGCUGGAGAGGCAAAGAUGAUGAAAUUUGGAAGCUUGAGGUUUAGGAACCCCAGUGAUAGCAGUGUGGAUGUUCUUGUACUGAAGACGCUUGUUCUAGUGGCUACAAGAGCGUUGUGCAAUGAAGAAUUGAUGCUGAAUUACAGGCUGGGCAGUGCCGAGAGAAGACCGAAGUGGUAUACUCCAGUUGUUGAAGAAGAAGAAGAAGACUAA